UGCUUCAGGCUGGGAUGAUGAUAAUGGCGACCUUUUCUCUCCCAGAGCAAUGGAUCAAAGGUCUGUUUAUUCUGAUGUUCAAGACAGGAGGAUUGGAGCAGAUCGAAGAUCCGUUCAUUCUGAGGCUCUGUGGAUGAAAGGUUCGACAAGAACAGCAGCCGAUGGGGAGUUAUUUCGUCCUGAGUUUCUGAGGAAGAAAACAGAUCUCAGAGCAGUUGGUUCUAUGACUCCUGGUAGGAAAUUUUUGCCUUCACCAGCAGCCAGUUGCAUGCUUCCUUCUGGGGGUGGAUUCAAAAUUCAAAGGUCAGUUAGUUGUUUGACUCCCGGGGGAUUGAUACUGGCAGCAGAUCAAAGGUCAACCGGUUCUGAGAGUUCGGAUGAGAAAAGUUUCUCAGAUUAUGAGAGUUCAGAUGGUUCUGAAACUCUAGCGAAAACAUUGUCAUCAGCAACAGCACCAGCAGUUGGUCAGGUCUCACCUCAUUUAUGGACUGCAGUAACAACAGAGAAGAAAAUUCCAUCCUCAACAGCUGCCAAUGGGAAUUCAUUUGGUUCCAGGAUUAGAAACAGACCACCACCUUUGCUAACAGCUGCAGUUGAUAGACUUGGUUCUGAGGUAUCAAGGAAUAAAAUUUUGUCAAGAACCGUGAGCAGUUCAAUUCCCAGCAGUCCAGCAAACCCUGCUUUGCCAUCAAGAACAAUCAGCUGUUCAAUUCCCAACAGUCCAGCAGCAGCAAGGGUAGUUUUGCCAUCAAUAGCAUCUGAAUCGAACUCAGAUGGUUCCAACAGUCCAGAGACUCAACAGUCCCCUGGAAAAGCCAAGUCUGUUUACCCUGUCAUACCGAACACAAAAGUGUCCCCAAAAAGGGAGGCAUUAGCUGCACAAACCAAGAAGAGUCCAGUGUUACAGAGAGCACAGUCAACAAGAUCGUCAGCAUUACGGGUUCCAAAAGUACAGCCGCCACAGAGAUCUUCGCCGAAUCUGGUUGCCCGCUGUUCGAGAUCAAUCAGAGAAAGGCGGCAACCAUGGUUGUGAUUCCUUGUAGAUAUUCAGUCGGCAGCAGGCCUAAUUUGAAGAUGGCUUAGUUUAUCUUCACAUAUUAUGUACCAGAACCAACUGGACCUGACACAAAACAUCUCAACUCAACACAAUAUGGGUUCUGAAAGAUAUGAAUGUAACAGUUUUGGUUUUGUUUGCUGCUAAGCAACCGAGACAGGUGGGUGGGGCAAAAGUCUUCUCUCCUGUACUUAGCAUUGAGUUUCAGCAGUGAAAUAGUGGUUCGUUUUUCAGUUUAUGCAGACACUCCUAGCAAAACAUUUACAUGAACAGGGAACUUGAUUCCAUUAGGUUGAAACCACUUGCCUAUAUGAUAUCAUUUGCAAUUGACAAAAUGACAAGGUUGCGAUGGU